UUAGAUCGGAUAAAGUGUAUAUUUAUCGGACUAUACUACGACCUAGCAGAGUCGGUAGUAGGCGAUAUACCAACAUACGCCGGCGUACCUAAAGAGGAGAAGCAUAAGCGCGAAAGCCUUGCAUUUCGCUUUAUCGCGGACUUAGUAAAGCCCUAUAACGCAGCAUUUGCCGAUAAGAUUACAAGCGCCUAG